UGAUUUAUCAAGUUUUUCAUUAUAGGUUGCAGCUGCAGCGAAGUCUCAAUUCUCCCAUGAUUAUAGUGAUCAUCUUGCCCUUGUGAGGGCUUAUGAUGGCUGGAAAGAUGCUGAAAUAGACCUCGCUGGACAAGAAUACUGCUGGGCAAAUUUCCUUUCUUCACAAUCCAUGAAAGCUAUUGAUGCCCUUCGGAUGGAAUUCUUAUCCCUUCUCAAGGAUAUUGGAAUAGUUGAUAGCAAUGCAACAAACUGCAAUGCGUGGAGCUAUGAUGUGCAUCUUAUACGAGCAGUUAUUUUUUAUGGGCUAUAUCCUGGAAUUUGCUCUAUUGUGCAUAAAGAGAAGUCAUUUUCUCUGAAGACAAUGGAGGAUGGUAAAGUGCAUCUUCAUUUGAAUUCAGUGAAUGCUCGAGAAAGCAAAAUUCCAUAUCCGUGGCUUGUUUUUAAUGAGAAGAUAAAAGUGAAUUCGGUGUUCCUUCGUGACUCAACUGCUGUGUCUGACUCAGUGGUGCUUCUUUUUGGUGGAAAGAUCUCAAAAGAUGGUGAUGGUCAAUUAAAAAUGUUAGGAGGGUAUCUGGAGUUCUUAAUGAAACCUGCUGUUGCUGAAAUGUUUCAGAGCAUAAGGAGGAAACUAGAUGACAUCAUUCAGAGCAAACUACUGUUUCCGAUGAUGGGAAUACACUUAUUUCACGAGCUGCUUUCUGCUGUACGGUUGCUGAUUUCCAAAGAUAAAUGUGAGGGCAGAUUUGUGUUUAGCUGCCAGGUCAUUAAACCAUCGAAACCAUCUGUGAUGACCUUGCAACCAGCAUUGGUUUCAAGGACAGACAGUGGACCUGGUGGCGAUAAUUCUAAAGGUCAGCUCCAAACUCUUCUGGCUCGUGCUGGAUGUGCUGCACCCAUCUACAAGACUAUGCAAAUACAGAACAAUCAGUUUCAGGCUGCGGUCGAGUUUAAUGGUAUACAGAUAAUGGGCCAACCUUGUCACAAUAAAAGGACUGCGGAAAAAGACGCCGCGGCUGAGGCACUGCAAUGGCUUAUGGGUAAAAGACAGGCAGAAAACGAGUACAUGGAUCACAAUGCAGUGAUGCUAAAGAAAAGCAAGAGGGAUCAUAAUUAAGCAAUCAACUGUAAUGGGUUUUCUGUGAGGGUAACAAACGGUCCAAGAUGGAUGUACUUGUCUAGAUUUUUAAGGUCCUUGCUCAAGUCUUUGAACUCCAGAAAAAAUGGAUUAGUUCCAUUGUUGAUAUAUAGCUCCGGGGCUUGAGCCAAUUCAUGCUCAUACAACAACAAUCUCCAAUUUAGCGUGCAUUGUGUUGAUUCAAUCCGAGGUUGGAGUUGCCUACCCUUGAUCAAAGCAAAUCAUGGAUGAUUUAUGAGCCUGAAGAAAUAAAUUGUGAAUUGAAAGCCUAAGAUAACAGUCUAAUCUGAGCCGUUUGACAAAGGAAAAUUUUUUGCAACUGUUCAUGUUGUUGAGUUAAUUUUGGGAUAAGGUUCUUCUAAAGUGUUUUUAUAUUCAACAUGACAAAUUCGAAGGUCUCUUAGCUACACUCAAUCAGUAUUGUACACGAGAAAUGUGAAGACUAAUUUGAUAUCUUCUGCAACAGAAAGAGCUUCCAUUCUAUAUUUAGGUGAAACAUGUAUGUGAAAAUAUAAAGAAUGAAUUUUUAAA